CCCAGGUGUUUCUGUACGGAUCGACCCUUUGUUCAUUGAAGAACUUCAAUGCGUCUUAACUUCUUCACGUACGUUGUACUGUACUGGCUGCGUUUUAUUGAUAUGAAGAAAGGGAACAAUAGUACCCAAAUUUCAUCAUGGGAAAAGGACCGAAGUACCCGUACAUUGUACAUGUACAGUGCAUACAUCCAUCCCACAGGGAUGCGACUGUUUGCCCCCAGGUACCCGCAUUCAAUGUCUUCUGCUUGAGCCAAAUCCAAUGAAACUCGCUUCUUUUACUGGUUUACGGAACUUGGCCACUUGGGGAGUAAUACGCAGAGUCCUUUGGCCAAAUCCCCAAAUGACCGCAAAGCUCAUCGGCAUACCAAUGCUUCUUGUCAAAGGAUCGAAUCGAUGGACCGAAAUCGUAAGGAUAUCUCAACUCGUUUACUCAGAAAAUUCUUUGAACAUUGUUCAAAGGCAGAGAGAUGCAUGCCUGGUGUUCUCCUUCCCCUUACUGGGGACCCCCAAACCCAGAUAUAGUCUCCGUGUGAAUGUCGUACUCCAAAUGCACAAACGCAAGCCACAUACAGAUGAAAGCAACCGAUAAUGCGAACACUUAACAUUAAUAGGAUUUGUCCUGCAUCAAAGAAGAGUCACUUAACUGUCGAGAUAUAAUACUCCCCUCUAGUGCUCUGUUUUCUCUUUCACAAAAUUAUUGUUUCCCUUAGGCAGACAGGUGCUUGUGGGCGAAAUAAUGGCAAAACUCCCGGGCGUCGUGUAUGAUUUCAAGUUCUCAAAUUUGAUUGAGCCUAGCAGAAUUUCGCCGGCCUGUUUUCAUAGCACACUUCCUGUCCGCGUGUCGAGAUUCGUCGGGCAGUUUCAAGCCGCAUCACUCGAUGCCUGGAGAGAAUGGACAGAGGCGCUGGAGGCUGAUCAAGAAGAUUCACAGCUACGCGCCUUACAUCUCACCGAUAGCGGUGAUAACUUCAUGUCGUUACUACUGCCAGAAUGCCCACCAGAGUUAAUUACUCCGUGGACGAAAUUUGCACAAUUUGGUUUAUGUUGGCAUGAUGCCGCUAAGAAUCUCGAUGAGCAAUCUCGUAACUCGGCGUUGACAGACCUACUGCAAAAUCUGGACCAGAAGAAUCAAAACUUCCAGUUCAAAAUUAAUGAACUGUGGUUUGAUGCUUUUAAGGACUUCACGGGGACAGUUGGCAUCACCGAUCCCUGCACUCAUUUCUCGAAGCUUUUCAAAAAUAUUGUGACAACAAAGCGAACUGCAGAUCUCACGGUUGAGAUGAACUUCGAGGAGUAUAAGUUGCUUCGAGGAGACUAUGGGGAAGAAAGGCUCAUCAUCUCUCUCGUUGCAUCGUAUGCACGGAUCUCGGAGGAAGAGCAGAACUCAAUUUCCUCCUUCGUCGAUAAAGGGAUUUUGGCCCUUGCUUUGCUCAAUGACCUCUACGACUAUCAGAAAGCGUUCAGAAAUGACAGUAAAGGUGCCACUUUGGAUAGGAUCUCCAACACGGUUGUAUUCCUAAUGUCUACUUAUAGUAGAUCUGAGGAUGAUGCUGUGAGGAUUUUGAAGACUGAGAUUUGCGCGCUUGAAGAUGCUGCGUUGCAUGAAUAUGACACUUGGCAGUUGUCAGCGGUACAAAGGUCUGAUGAACUUCAAUUUUAUGCUGCCUUAAUCAUGGCGGCAGCAGGGGGGAUGGCCUAUUGGAAAGCGACUUUUGAGACAGACCCGGCGACGAGCGCAAACGAUGGAGAUAUACCUGUUAGUUACAGUUCCAAGAACUGCAUACCUCGCCCACCCCAAAACGGUGCACUCACGAAUGCGCAAUGGACUACACAGGAUAGUCAUCAAUUAAUGGAUACGAAUGAUUUCUCCGGCUCCAUUACAAACGUCGCAAAGACAGCCUCAAAACUGUCUGGAAACAAAGCCCAAAUUUCCGUCACAGCAGAGAUUGAUGUCUUCCAAACCUUUAGGAGGGCACCAUCGGAAACGAUGUGCAUGGCACCGUUUGAAUACACUAUUUCCUCUCCUAGCAAGGGAAACUUGUCUAGACUCGUAGAGGGUUUACGGGCUUGGAUCCCUGGGCUGCGAGAGGAAUCAGUUAAGGUCAUUGAAACCGCAGCCAUGAUGGUCUAUCACAACUUGUUAAUGGUAGAUGAUGUACAAGACGGCUCGCAGACGCGGCGAGGAAUGCCUGCAGCGUACAUCUUGUAUGGCACGAAUCAGACCAUGAACUCGGCAACCUACGUUUGGGUUAAAAUAUUCGAGCUAAUGGCGCAAUUGAAAUUCGCGGAUGCAUGCAGAGAUAUCUUAAUUGAUGAAUUGAAAUCCUUGGGUCUAGGCCAGUCUCUGGAAUUGCACUGGAGAUUUCACAAGCUGUGUCCACCCAUCAGUGAUUACUUUGUCAUGGUCGACAAUAAGUCGGGGAGUUUCUUUCAGCUCGUGAUGAGGUUAAUGUCUGCAGAGUCGGAGAAUCCAGCAGCCCCGGACACCAAGCUGUCACAUUUCAUUAAUCUACUGGGAAGAUACUAUCAGAUAUGGAAUGAUUAUCAGAAUUUGGAGUCUAGCGAGUACAUGGCCAUGAAGGGUUUCUGUGACGACCUUUCAGAGGGGAAGCUAUCGAUAAUUCUAAUACACACGCUUCAGAAUAGUGUCGCGAAGGACCGAAUUAAGGGGUUAAUGUUCCAUCGCGAGCCGGGUAUCGAGCUUUCGGACGAGUUAAAAUCGUAUAUACUUUCCGAGAUGAAGGCUGCGGGGAGCUUAGAUUUCACGAAGCAUGUUGCUUUACAGUUAUAUGACGCUAUGUUGGAAACCUUGACUGAGCUGGAGGCUACGAUGGGAGAGAACAAAUUAUUGAGAUACAUUCUCCAUGCGUGGAAAAUAUGAUUCCAUGUGGUUUGUGAGUUUCCAGCAGGUGUUGGGCAGCUUAGACGAAGAGGCAUAAUUGUAUAUGGGACUAUAUGAAGAGAAAUUCCCAGCGAGAUGGGCGGCAAAGAAAGAUAAGCGAGGAAUGCCUGGUGGGUAUACAACGACAGUGAAAUACAAUAAAUACAAUGUUCACCAGGGGUAUUUUCAAGAGCUACCUGACAUUUUCAAGGAAAGACAUGAACGCGAAACUCUUGAACCAAUUGUGCCAGGGAAGUUCCUGGUUAUUAAAACGCAAUUCACCGCGCAUCCACAGCGGAAGUGGCCCGUUUAGUUUGCAUAUCCUGUCUCUUUAUCAAAACUCAAAACAUCCCCGUACUAGGCUUAUUUUGUAACAAAAAUCCGCGACGCCCGCCGUUGAAAAGAUUUCACCAACGAGCGAAAACCCUCAUUCAAGUUCCUGCGAUUGGACCUCUGCUGCAAUGGCCCUGCCUGGCGGCUUGGGACUCGGCUAGUGAGACUUUGCGCUUCAGAUGUGCUAUCAAAUUCAUCGGAUGCUACGACCGCUACUCUGCGCUCACGAACAAGAUUUGUCACUACAUCCACAACGGGUUGGUUAUACCUGGACGACAACUCGACAUAUUUGGCCUUCCUCUGUGGAGACCACCCGUGGUUUACUUGGGGUGACCCAUCCCAAUUCAGCCACUAAAGUCAAAGGUUUCGGCGGCAGGAACGUGUUUUCAUUCCAGAAUAUUUUGGAUCCUUCUUCAUAAAAGAGUCUACACACUUUCAAAAUGUCCAAGUUAAUCCCAGCGACAUGUGCCAUGGUAAGCGGAACAGGAUCAAGGACAUGUGAGAGCUUCGCGCAGGACGGAGAUUUGCAGUUCCGGCAGGCGUGGGAAGCACAUAAAUGUUUGUGGUGUCUCCAAAUUCGCCGCUUGGGUCGCUUUAUCUUCUGAUGACGCUUUGUAAAUUGGCCAGCCAGGGAACACGCAGCUCUGUGGCGUAGAUCUGAGAAAUGCAGCAUGGGUUUGCUGGGUUAAAUCAAGCUCCUCCCUCUCCGUGACAUCCAAUGUGAGGAUGAGGGUGUGGGUGUCCUCGAAUAAUAGGUGCACCUGUUGGUUAUACUCCGUAGCAGUAUUCUAGCAUUUCUAUCACAACAGCCUUGUCGUCGACCACCAUCUGCUUUCGGUACUCUUCGCCACCAAACGGGUCGUAUGUUUCAAGCCAGCCGCCGUAAAAGAACUUGAGAAAGGGUGAAGGUUCAGCUUGACUGUUACUGAUAACAUCGAUGUUCCUUUGCCACAAUUGGAUACUGUCUCUGAAUCUGUUUAGCUUAUGGGAGUGGGGAAAGGUGGUGUGUAAAAGUUUGCUAUUCACGGAUUAUUACUGCGUUCUUCUUGAAUCCAUUUUGGAGUAACUAGUUAUGUGAGUAGUUAAGCAACGGCACGAGUACUCCGUAGUUAAUAACUAAC